GUUCUUAAAGGAAAUAAUAACUGUUAUAACAUUGUGAAGAACUCCGUUCCAGCAAUUUACGCUCGAUAUAUUCGCCUCUAUCCAAUAGCAUGGUACAUCAGAGGAUGUGUAAGAAUAGAGCUUUACGGGAAACCCUGGCCAGAAGGUGAUCAUUUAAGCAUAACAUUCGCUGAACACAUUCGUUAUCUUACAUUUUUGCCGUCGAUAUAAUCAGUACAUAAUCUUCUUCUUUGGCAUCACUCAAGUAAUAUUUAGCCUCAAAUUGCAUCAUGUUUGGAGUAUUUUGUCUCUAUAUUUUUUUAUUUCAUUUCAGACAAUUUUUCCCUUACUUGAAAUUCUUUACACAAUUCAAAAAGUUAUUUGUGACUGCUACAGUUGGUUUAUUCACCGCCCUUACGUUUUAACAUUUGCCAUUUUUUAUUUUAUAGUUUCCGCAGCAUCUUUUACUUCCAUUGCUCCUGGUAAAGCUCUUAGUGGCCACUUUAUCCUAUCGCUGAAUAACACUAACGUUAUGGAAUGCUUCAAAACUUGUCUGAUAGCAAGCCAGUGCAAGUCUUUCAACUACAACGAGCAGUUGAAAAAGUGUGAAGUGAGCGGUUCCUCUGGCAAAGAACAUGAACUGACUGAGCAGGAUGGUUUCUACUAUUACGAACUUACAUCUCGUUAA